AUGAAAGGAGUUUUAUACUGCUCUUCAGCUAACGGUGUGGAGGUGCACAGAAAUAAGAAAUUAAAAAAACCCCUCUCUGCUGCCGGUUGGCUCUGGGUCUGUGGGGCUCGCCUUGCUCUCCUUUCCGGAGCGGUGGGCCGCAGCGUUCGCGGCUGCGCUGCGCCCGGAUUGCGCACCCGUGCGCCGGUCCCUGGCUCUCUCCCGUGGGCUCCGGGGCUUCCUCCGUGCCCGGCGGGGGCGGUGUGAGGAGCGCGCGGGCUCCGGCAGGGCGUGGGGCGCCGCUCCUGCCGCCGGAGGCAGACGAGGAAGCGGAAGCGCCGCUGCAACAUCAGCAAAGCAGCAGCAAGAGGAGGAGGAGGAGGAGGACGAGGAGGAACCGGCCAGGGACGCGCCGCCCCCGGGAGUGAGUAAGGACGGAACCCCCCCCCACGCACAACACACACAAGCAACACCCCAGCCCGGGGAGACGGGGAAGAGCAGCAGGCCUGACACCCCACCCCCGAUUCGGACGCAGCAGGAUCCCCCAAGAGAGGGCGCCGCGCCCUGCGCAAGGCUGGAGUAGGUUGCGCCCCGCGCGCCCCUCGCCGGCCAGGCCAGCGGGUCACUUGCGCGCCCCUCACCUCCGGUACACAGAGAUCUCUCCUCUCCCCCACAGAGAGCAGCGACGCCCCUGCGCCUCUGGCCUCCGUGGCCGGAGAAAGGGGGAAGCGGGUGGACAGCGGGGGCACUGGCCACCCAGGAGUAGAGGUGAUCGUGUGUUUUUCCUACCCACCUCCCGGCAGGGGAAAGGCGGAAGCUCAGGAGCAGAACACCUGCUUGGCAUGCAGAAGGUCCCAGGUUCAACCCCGCCACAUUUCCAGGUAGGGCUGGGGGAGAUUUCCGGCCUGAAACCCGGCAGAUCUGCUGCCAGUCAGUGUAGGCAGCGCUGAGCUAGGCAGACCAAUGAUCUGACGCCCUACAAGGCACCUGUCAGUUUUUGUUAGGGGGAAGGGCUGGUGGUUCUGUGGCAAGAGCACCUGCUUGGCAUGCAGAAGGUCCUGGGUUCAAUCACGGGCAUCUGGAGGUGGGGUUGGGAGGGAUCCAGAAAGCCUGAGGAACUGCUGCCCGGAUGCUGAGCAAGAUGGACCAGUGGCUGGUACAUGUUGACUCCCUAUUUCCUUAUGUUCAGGACAUGAGACCUGAAAUCUCAUUUGAGGGGAAGGGCUGUAGCUCGAUGGUGGAGCAUCUGCUUGGUAUGUAGAAGUUUCCAGGCUCAAUUUCCAGCAUCCAUUGGUGGGGCUGGGAAAUAACAUGGGAAUAACCCCUGAGAAUUGUGUAAACAAUGUCAAAGGAACCAGAUUGACUCUUGGUUCCAUUCAGGCCCUAUGUGCACAAAAACAUUUAAAGCUUUACACAGUCACUGCAUGACCCCUAUUGCCUUCCAGAGCUACAACCCCCACAGUUCCCUGGGAAGAAUGAUUGACAGUCAAACCACUCUAGAAAUUUUUAGCUCUGUGGGGGGAACAGGAUCUCUCACUAAAACUUGGUACCCUUAACAAACUACAGCUCCCAGAAUUCUUUGGGGUUAUUCAAAGUAGUGUGAUACAGCUUUAAAUAUGCAAUAUAGAUGGGGCAUAAGCAAAAGGCAGAUUCCAAGGCUGAGGAAGGGCUGUAGCUCAGUGGCAGAGCAAAGGAUCACAGGAUCAUAGAAUCAGAAGGGACGCUGAGGGUCAUCUAGUCCAACCCCCUGCAAUGCAGGAAUCUCAGCUUGAUAAUGCAUCCAUCCUCUGCUUAAAAACUUCCAAGGAAGGAGAGUCCACCACCUUCUGAGAGAGUCUGUUUCACUGUCUGACUCUAACAGCUCUUAGUGUUAGAAAGUUCUUCCUGAUGUUUUGUCGGAAAUCUCCUUUAUUGUCAUUAGAAUCCAUUGGUUUGUGUCCUACUUUCCGGAGCAGGAGAAAGCAAGCCAUUUUCCAUGUGACAGCUCUUGAGAUAGUAGAAGAUGGCCAUCAUAUCUUCUCUUUCCCAGGCUAAACAUACCCAACUCCCUCAGCUGUUCCUCACAAGUCUUGGUUUCCAGACCUUUGAUCAUCUCAGUUGCCCUGCUCUGCAGGUAGAGCUGGCAAGGCUCCCUGUAAGUCAGCUGCAGAAGUACAUAAGAGGAUCUCGCUGGAGCUGGCCAAUGAGCCCACCAGGUGCCUGUGGGAAGCCUUCAAGCUGGACGGGAGCCCAAGUGCCCUCUCCCCUCCUGCCGUUUCCUGCAACUGGCAUUCAGGAGCAUUGCUGCCGCCAAACAUGCAAGCAGAGCAUAGCUAGCAGGCUUUGAUAGCCGUCUCCUCCAUGAAUUUGUCCAAUCCUUUUUGAAGGCCAUCCUAGUUGGUAGCCAUCACUGAGCACGUUCCAUCAUUUACCUGUGGGAGCAAGGACUUUACAGUGGUACCUCGGGUUGCAUACGCUUCAGGUUACAUAUGCUUCAGGUUACAGACUCCACUAACCCAGAAAUAGUGCUUCAGGUUAAGAACUUUGCUUCAGGAUGAGAACAGAAAUCGUGCUCCGGCAGUGCGGCGGUAGCAGGAGGCCCCAUUAGCUAAAGUGGUGCUUCAGGUUAAGAACAGUUUCAGGUUAAGUACGGACCUCCAGAACGAAUGAAGUACUUAACCCGAGGUACCACUGUAUUUUAUCUGCCCUGAAUCUUCUAACAUUCACCUUCAUUGGAUAGCCAUGAAUUCCAGAGUCACAAGAGGUGGAGAAAAACUUUUCUCUAUCCGUUUUCUCCAUGCCACGCAUGUUUUAUUUUAAUAAACUAUCAUGUCACCUCUCAACUCUCCUUUCCUCGAAACCUAAAGGUCCCAAGCGCUGCAACAUAAGGGAAUCUCUCCACCCCCCUUGAUCGUUUUGGUUUCCAACCUUUUCCAGCUCUGCAAUACCCCUUUUUUGAGGUGAGGUCUCAGGUUCAGUCCCCAGCAUCUCCCGGUAGCCUUGGAAAGUCUCCCUUCCUGAAACAUCAGAGAACCUCUCCAGUUCAUGUGGUGGUGCUCUGGCCCGUCUGCUGGGGAGAGGUUGCUGUGGCUUAAAGAGGUUUCGUGGGGUUUUCCCUUAUAGGAAUCAACAUGCAAUAUGGCAGCUGCAAUGGAGACUGAGCAGCCAGGGCUCGAAAUCUUUGAAACGGCCGAGCACAGGGAGAAUGUGGCGCCUGGGGAGAAGGCCAAGCUGGAACCGUACUACGUGGAGAGGUAUUCCUGGAGCCACCUGAAGAAGCUGCUGAAUGACACCAGGAAGGACCACGGCUGCCUGAUGGCCAAGGCGCCCCACGACUUCACCUUUGUGAAGAGGACGGAUGCAGAGAGCCCCCACUCGGACAGGGUCUAUUACCUGGGUAAGUUUUGACAGCUUCCCAUGCAGCCUGGAGGAUUUCUGCUGUGUCUUGUGUUGCUUUCAAAGAAUCUCAGCUAAGCAACGUGUAUGAACCAGGGAUCCUGGUUUGCAACAAACCAUGGUUAGUUUCCAAGCAACCCAGCUUUAAACCUUGGGUUAUAAAGCUGGCAUGUGUAACCCUUAAAAGUGAGAAUAAACUCAUCAGACGUCCUCCUGCGAGGAGGAGAGGGGACCUAUGUUGGGUUCACAGAGCAGUAAGCCAUGGUUUAGUUCUGCGUUCAAACUGAGCCUGUCUGUCUCUAAAUACCAGUUAUCGGGGUGGUGGAAAUAAUGCCAUGUAAAGAUUCUGAAGAAGAUUCAUCCUCAGUUUAAGCCAGGAAGGCUCAUGUUAUAUUCUUAUUUCCUUAAGAUUUUGGGAAAUGUGCAGAUUUGUUAAAAUUGAAUUGGUUACAAGCUGAAUCAGCUACUUGUUCUUAACUUUAUUAGCUGAAUAGUGAAUUGUUAAAAUAAUACUGACUGAAAAUGAAAAUAAAAAUAGAACUGCAUCGAAAGGGGUUUAUUUUAGAAAUCAUGGUAGUUUUUGGUUUUAAAGUCUCCCAACAGGAUUUGGCUUCUCUCUUCCUUAUCUGCUUGGUAUUCGGCUAAUGCAAAAAUAAAUAAAUUGCAAACUGUGUUUUGUUUUUUAAUACUCAGCAAUGUCCGGUGAGAACAGAGAAAAUACACUUUUCUAUUCUGAAGUUCCCAAAAACAUAAACAAGGCUGCGAUUCUUUUGCUCUCGUGGAAGCCACUCUUGGAUCUUUUUCACGUAGGUGACUAGCCUGAAUCUUACACAUUUCAUUCCCUCCCUUUCUCCUUUUCCAGUGGACAGACUUCCAGGUAAUGACACACCCUGUCUGAGAGACUGGCAGCUGUCAAAGAUGAAAACCCAUUAGCAAAGGGUAUCGUAACAGCUCUAAUGUUUGUUCCAGCUCUCCUCCUGCCUAGCUACACUCGUUGCCAAUUAAAAAUUCAAAGCAUUUUCCAUUUCUAAUAUAUUUUGCUUGUAUGCAUUUGGUGAGCCGCCCUUUGUUGAGACAGCUCCUUCUUCCAUUUACCUAAAAAAGCAUUUAAUACAGAUUGCCUCAGCCUGGUUGCUGCAGUUUUCUUAAGGAAAAAGGCAUGGCAGAGGUCUUUGGGCACAAUUCAGCAAGUGUUGUUUAUUAUGGGAGAUGUCCACUGUUACUCAUACUCUAGAGUAAACCCACAGAAAUUGUUGGGACUUCCAUUGGUUUCAGUGGGUCUGCUCUUGAUUCAGCUGAAUAUCAACAUAUUUAAUCUAUAUUUAAUCUGAUAUAUAUAUAUAUAAUCUACAAAUUAGAAACCCUAAAGUGAAACUAAAUGCAUCCUGUCAAUAUUGCAGUUUAAAAAAUCGAGAAUGAAAAUAUUGAGUAGUGCAUUCUAAAAAUUAACGCCCCCAUGUAGGUGUCUAAAACAGGUCGGUUGACUCCUCUCCAGUUACAUGGGGGGAAAUCUGAUCAUUGUGAUGUAAGCCCCCUUUGGAAUCCAUGGGACUUCAUUCCUCAUACUAUGAGUAUACAGAAGCAAGCCCUCCCCCUUUAUUUUGGGCACACUCAGACAUAGGAAAUACCGCAUUUGUUUUCCUGAUUAUAAUGCUAGUGCUUCUGUCUUGUUUCCUAAUGUUCCAUUCGCAUUGCAGUACCUAUUGUGCUAUGGAACUGUGUUUUUUGACCAAUAAUACUGGCAUGUCAUGCUACAUAUCAUGUCAUUGGGCCCAACAACAAAUGCCAUUGGACAAUGACAUUUUGACCCUUCCUGCACAUGCAUGCUUGAUUCCCCCAUUAAAAAGGCAGGAAGGAACUGUAUGCUGGUGUAGCGCCCCAGGUUUUGUCACUUUACCCUUGCAAUUAUCUGGGUUAAGGGGGCUGCAAAUGGAUUUUUUUCUGGAAUCAAGUAACAUGGAAAUGACUGCUAAAAUGCGCUAUAUUCCAUUUGUUUCUCAUAAGUGGCGUUUACGGUGUGUGAAGCCGCAAAUGUAAGGAAGAAAUGAAUGGAAUGAGAAACACUGGUAAAGUGGAAGAAGCUAUUGUGUGAAUGCAGCUUUAGUUGGAUGCCAUGGGAUUAAACCCCACAUAAAUAAACACAGGAUUGUGACCUUAAGGAAGUUGCAACUGAGCCCCACUGCUUUCUAUGUCACAGACAUCUUGCUCCUGUGCAUGUCUGAAAUUUUAAAAAUACACGAGUCUUUAAUGGUUGUGCAGUAUUUUAUCCAGUUCUGGGUUACCUUUUCAAUUUGUAAUAUUUGUAUUUCCCCCUCCCCUCUUUUUGUAAGUGCUUUGGGAAAUCCCAGCUGGGGUUGGGUGGUGAUAGGGAGCAUGUGGUAAACAAUACAAACAGAUAAAUGCUUAGAGUUAAUUCAGCAGAUGUUAUCCUCACAUAAUUCUGCAUUGGAUUGCAGCCAUAAUCAUAAAUUAACUUUUGCUGAAUCAUAUUUGGAUUUUCUUUGACAAUGUAAAACAAAUAAAAAACCUCAGUGGCAGUGAAAAAACACCCUAACAACAAAAGAAAACACAGGCUGUGGGUUGUAGUUUUCUCCCUCUUGCUUUCUCCCGGUCAGGCCAGCCUCGAUUAUGGGAUGUACUCUCGGGAGGAGGAGCUGCUGCGGGAAAGGAAGCGGAUCGGGACGGUUGGUAUCGCCUCUUACGAUUAUCACCAAGAAAGUGGCACCUUCCUGUUCCAAGCCGGAAGUGGGAUUUACCACGUGAAAGAUGGAGGUCCCCACGGGUUCACGGUAAUAAAAGACGGCAAGCUAGACUUUUGUGAACUGCUCUGUGCCCUGGGUUUUAGGUACAGUGCCCUCUGGAGGGAGGAGGCUAAAGGGAAAGUUCAGCCUGACCACAGUGCUGGAAGUGGGUUACAAUUAUUUGCUAGUUGUCCAAACUUCAGGGGUUAUUUAUUUAUUUAUUUCAGCAUAUGUAUAUGUUGUUAGUUCAUACAGUAUAGCAUGGUGGGGGACAACAAAAAAUAAAAUAGCUGAAACAUAAACCCCACAAUAAAAUAUACAAUGCAAUAUGCUAUAAAAUGCAAAACACCAUGAAAACUAAAGGGGGGAAGUGUCAUCAAAAUGAUCAAAAAAUGUAGACAGUUACAUAGGCCUAUCUACAUUGAAAAAGAUCUCUAAGAGACAACUGAAAAUCAAAAGUGUGUGUGACAGUUGCUGGAAACGGCAGGGGAGAGUGCUCUUGUGCUCAGGUCCUGCUUGGAGAGUGGGAGCAGGUGGCGCUGUGGUCUAAUCCACUGAGCCUCUUGGGUUUGCCGAUCAGAAGGUUGGCAGUUCGAGUCUGCGCAGUUGAGGUGAGCUCCCGUUGCUCUGUCCCAGCUUCUGCCAACCUAGCAGCUUGAAAGCAUACCAGCACGAGUAGAUAAAUAGGUACCUCUGCAGCAGGAAGCUAAACGGCGUUUCUGUGCACUUUGGCACUCGUCACAGUGUUCCGUUGUGCCAGAAGCGGUUUAGUCAUGCUGGCUACUUGACCCGGAAAGCUGUCUGUGGACAAACGCUGGCUCCCUCGGCCUGAAAGCGAGAUGAGCGCCGCAACUCCAUAGUCGCCUUUGACUGGACUUAACCGUCCUGGGGUCCUUUACCUUUACCUGCUUGGAGGUUUCACAUGAAGGCUGGCCAAUGUGAGAACAGGAUAACGGGCUAGGGGGCUCCCUUUGGCCUGAUCCUGCAAGCUCUUCUGAGGCUCUUAGGUGCUUGCCACAUUCUUGUUGGAAGAGUGUUCCACAAUGUGUAACCAGAGGUGCCUGACUCCUAGUGGAGGCCAAUUGGGCCUCUGUAACAUGGGGGACAAUUAGCCAUGUGGUGCUGAUCCUCCCCACCAACUGAGAUCUUCUGGAGGAGUUUUCCUUCAGUCUCCUCUCUCAUAGCACUGGAGCUCUGGACCAUCCAAUGAAGCUGAGUAUCGGAAGAUUCUUGACGGGCAAAAGGAAGGACUUCUUCACACUGUGCAUCGUGUGGGAUUCACUCCUAGAAGAGGUUGUGCCUCUACUUCAUUGGAUGACCCAUUGACUUCUAAUAUUCUUUAUUUGAAAGUAGCACACACUAUUCUAAAUGAACAAAUGCUGCUUUUAAUUGCUGUCUGCCGCAUUGCUUAUGACUGCAUUUGUGUGGUUUUCUUAUUAUGGCCUCUUUUGGUGAAGGAAGGGCGAGUUAUACGCAUUUGAAAUAAAUGAAUAAUCAAAUAAUAUUGCGAGAGAGGGUGAGAAACAUCUCCCGGUCCAUUUGAUGCCCCUCCCUUUACUCUCCAUUUUUCCUAAGCUAAUAAAGUCCGUAAGGCGAUUCAUUCUUGCUGACUCUCACUGCAUCCCAGACACUUUCUGCAAAAAUUCCUUGAGCCUCAUGGGAAGGGUUCUCUAGUUCAAAAAGGCUGUUUUCCAGUGUCUUUCUCUCCCACGGUCGUUUUUUUGCAGAAACAACCCUUGCAGCCCAAUUUGGUAGAGACGAGCUGUCCAAACAUACGGAUGGAUCCCAAGCUCUGCCCAGCAGAUCCAAACUGGAUUGCUUUUAUCCAUAGCAAUGACAUCUGGAUCUCCAAUCUAGCAACCAAAGAAGAACGGAGGCUGACAUUUGUACACAAAGGUAUGGUUGCCUUUAGCAUGGGACAAAUGCAGAAGAAUGUCGAGGGCAGCACGAGUGGGGCAGUGUGAGGAGGCAAAAGUGGCUUGGGAGUUACAUGUGAGCCGAGUAGGUGACGCAUUUCUCAUGGGCAAGGAUGCCCCAACAGAGUAGGAGGGCCAUCUGUCUCUGGCAUGGGGUCUGUAGAGAUUGUGCCCACUUCAGUUUGCAGAACUGGCACUGUUACAGGUGCCACAUAAUGCUAAUUCUGCAGUUGUAAGAAAUGGAUCUUUUAGUGUAGUGGCACCUACACUUUGGAAUUCCCUGCUUGUUGACUUCAGGAAGAUUCCUUUGCUGAACUCCUUUCAGUGUCUGCUUGAAACAUGUUUAUUUAGGCAAGCCAGUCCAUGCAUGCAGAUGUCGACGUGUUUUAAUCCAGUGGUAGUCAAAUAAAAUUUGGCUGCCGCCAUCUGACUCUCUUAAAAGAGAAGCAGAGUUGCUUCAAAGAGUGCUUUUGCAAAGCGCAAGUCCUUUGCCAAAGCCCUCUUUGAAGCAGCCACUCAUGCUCUUUUAAAUAUUGGUGCAGUUGGCAGGGGGCUUGUCUGUCAACCUACUCUGUCAGUCAGGUACUUAAAGGAGAAGGAGGUCGGCUGUUUCAAAGAGUGCUUUUGCAAAGAAUGUUAAGACAACUCCCCUUGCUCCUGUUUGAGCCUGUGCAGUCCCCUUUUAAACCUCCGACAUUAGAAGUUUAAAGCAGGAUGGUGGACACUUGCAAAGUUAUCCAACAAAUUUUGAUAGGUCCACUCGUCAUAUCUGGCCCGCAAAGCUGACCCUCUUAAGGGCCUGGUCCAGAGAGCCAGAGGGGUUCUCCAUCCCCCCUGUGGGGUGGAGUCCUUGCCAUUCCAGCUACAAUAAUGGACAUUUUAUGGGUCACAAUGCAUGCUUCAAGCUUUCCAUGGGCAUUCUUCUCUCUGAAAAAUAAUGUUUCUUGGCAUUGCCUGCAUAGAAUUUGCCAACAUUGAAGAGGACCCCAAGUCUGCUGGGGUUGCUACUUUUGUGCUACAGGAAGAGUUUGACAGAUACUCCGGCUACUGGUGGUGUCCCGAUUCAGAGAUGAGUAAGUAUGCAGAGUAGCAUUAACUCUUUUCACUGCUGCGUCACACUGUUGACUCAUGGUCUACUAAGACCCCUAGAUCCUUUUCACAUGCCAGAUGUCCCCCAUCUUCUAUUUGUGCAGCUGGUUAUACCUGCCAAUGCAGAACCUUGCAUUUGUUCCAAUUGAAUUUCAUUUUGCAUCCAUCUUUCUGGUAGCUGUAGGUGGAGGCAAAAUCCUUAGAAUUCUGUAUGAAGAGAAUGACGAGUCGGAGGUGGAGAUAAUUCAUGUCACAUCCCCCAUGUUGGAGACAAGGAGGACAGAUUCCUUUCGGUACCCCAAAACCGGUGAGAUAGAUUGUGCUAUGGCUCAAAUGGGGGCGGUUUAAUCCUAGUGAAAGCCACCAGCAGUUCCUUUCCAUUUCAGUGUGAAAUUUAUUUGCUUUGGGUUACAGUAUAUCUGACAAACUGCUAGGUCCACUCACGUUUAUGGGUCUGUGUCAGUAACGUCCGGUAAUUUCAACAGGCCUACUCUGAGUAGGACUAGCAUUGGGUUCACCCCUGUAUUACUAUUUCACUUAAAAAGUACAAGUAUCCCAAGAUACCUUGGGAUAAAUACACUUCAGGUUAAGUAUUUUCGGGUUGCGCUCCACAGCGACCCAGAAGUAACGGAGCGCGUUACUUCCAGGUUUCGCUGCUCGCGCAUGCGCAGACGGUCAAAAUGACGUCACGCGCAUGCGCAGAAGCGGCAAAACGUGACACGUGCAGACGCGUAGUCGCGUCUUACGUUCUGUUCAGGAUGCGAACGGGGCUCCGUAACGGAUCCCGUUCACAUCCCGAGGUACCACUGUAUUUCCAAACCACUUCAAGAUUUAAAAACGUUCUGAGUGGUCAGAUGAACAUGAAACUCUCAAACAAUAUAGUAAAAACAGAGCGGGGUGGUGGGGGAAGCCAUACAAAAUUAUCAAUGGUACAGGAUCCAACCUUAUAGAAUAAGGAAAGCUUGUGCAAAAAGAUACAUCUUUACAAGGUGUGGGAAGCAAAUAAUUGAAAAGCCAUUUCCAUGUGUAAGGGCAGCAGCAGAAAGUGCCAAUUUUUAGGACACUGCCCUGAAAUAAUUCUGCCAUUCCUUGGUGACCAUUGACUGCUGUCUUUUCUUUUUCAGGUACCGCUAACCCCAAAGUAACUUUCAAGCUGUCUGAAAUAACCAUCGACGCUGAGGGCAGAGUAAGUCUGAUGCUCUAAUUUGCCUCAUUUGAAUCAGUUUGGUGACUUGUCUAGCCUGCUGGCAAAUGGGGCAACUGCUGGAAAGCAAAUGGGGCAAGAAACAUGAGGCGUUCAGACAAAGGUGGCUAGCCUUUCCUGUUCCGAGGGCCACAUUGCCUUGUUUCAAAUCCUCUGGGGGCCACAUGCCCGGCGGGGGUGGAGGCAAAGGUUUGGAUUCUUGCACUGCAAAACGGGAGGUACAUUUCACAUGGUUUGCAUUAUAGCCAUUUUAAAAUCUUUUAAAACUAGUGUGGUGUUCUGGUUAGAGUGUCGGACUAAGGAGCUGGGGGAAACCAGAGUUCAAAUUCUCACUCAGCCAUGAAGCAGACUGGGUGACCUUGAGCCCAAACACUGCCUCUCAGCCCAUCCUGUCUCCCAGGGUUGUUGUUGGGACUAAUUGAGGAGGGGGCAAACAAUGAAUGCCCCUUGUGCUCCUGGAGGAGGGGGGAUAUCAGUGCAGCAAAAUGAAUGAAUAAAUAAAUGAUCAUUGCGAAUUGGUAGGAUUAAUGCCUGCGUAUUGUGGGAACAAGGGUGGCGUUGUGGUCUAAACCACUGAGCCUCUUGGGCUUGCCGAUCAGAAGGUCGGCAGUUCGAAUCCCCACGGCGGAGUGAGCUCCUGUUGCUCUGUUCCAGCUCCUGCUAACCUAGCAUUUCGAAAACACACCAGUGCAAGUAGAUAAAUAGGUACCGCUGGAGCGGGAAGGUAAACCGCGUUUCCGUGUGCUCUGGCUUGCUUCCAUCCCGGUGUUCCAUUGCGCCAGAAGCGGUUUAGUCAUGCUGGCCACAUGACCCAGAAAGCUGUCUGUGGGCAAACGCCAGCUCCCUCGGCCUGAAAGCGAGAUGAGCAUCGCAACCCCAUAGUGGCCUUUGACUAGACGUAACCGUCCAGGGGUCCUUUACCUUUACCUUUUAUUGUGGGGUUAAUUUAAUUAAGAUGCAUAUUAACUGAAACAAGUCCAUUAAUGUGCAAACCAUGCAUUAAUGAAUUACAAUCACAGUAAUUUGUGAAAUUAGUAGCUUAUAUUUUUAUUUUAUGUAUUAAAUGCGUAUGCCACCCAUCCUCCCAGAGGAGCCCGGAGGGUAGCAAACAGCAAUGGAGAAAACAAUUAAAAAAAAAAAAUUAUUUAAGACCUCUUAAAAGCAGUCCCAGUGCAGAUGCAGACUGGGAUAAAAGAUAUGGACCUAAAAGGCUUGCUGGAGGAGCACACUUUGGGAGAGCUUUUCUGAACGGUACUUCCCUCACCUCUCUUGGCAGAUUUCCGAUGUGGUUGACAAGGAACUCGUCCAGCCCUUUGAGAUCUUGUUUGAAGGCGUGGAGUAUAUCACUCGAGCAGGAUGGACCCGAGAGGGGAAAUAGUGCGUGUUUUUAUGGUUUCCUGCAUUUCCCCAGCAGCUCUUGGCUAGAACUGGACUGUUCUGAGCAGGAGGCAAACUCCUUGUGUUGGAGGGCUUUGUUAUUAUUGGGUGUGGCGUAAUGGUUAGAGGAUCAGCCCAGACCUGGGAUCCCAGGGUUCGAAUCCCCGCUUGGCCAUGAAGCUCACUGGGCGUGACCUUGGGCCAGUUAUUUUCUCUCAGCUUAACCUACCUUGCAGGGUUGUUACAAAGAUAUAAUGGGGAGUGGAGAACAGUGUAUGCCGCCUUGAGCUCCUUGGAGGAAAGAAGGUGGUCAACAGAUAUAAUAAACCCUUGGAGGUUCUUAAGUAGAGGUUGAAUGGCCACCUAUCAUGGAUGCUUUAGUUGUGAUUCCUGCAUUGCAGGGGGUUGGACUAGAUGACCCUCGGGGUCCCAUCCAACUCUACAAUGCUUUGAUUCUAUGAAAUAAAUUAAUGUUAUUUUUUAUUAUGGUACAUAUGACUUAGUUCCAACAUAUGCUUCUUUUUUAGUUUUUAAUAAUAAUAAUAAUAAUUUUUAAAUACAUUUUUAUUUAAUAAUAGUAAUAAAUAGUAAUAAUAAUAAAUAAAAAUGUGCACCCUGAGACCACUCCAUUGUAACUAUCCAACCUCUCAAAAUUUCAACACCUCUUGCGAUGCUUUGAUCCCUUUCCAUUAACAUGCUUCUAUGCAGUUUGCUGUAUUGAUUUUGAGACCUGUCAGGUGCUGGUGGUGGUUGCUCGCGAGUAACCAGGCAGGACUCCGACCUGUCUUUUACAGGUUUUAUUGGUGCAAACUAUAUACAGUGCAGAAACACAAAGUUCAUGUCCAUCCUAGUCGCUUGCAGAUUCCGGGAGUGGCCCCUUCUGGUUUCUCCCGCAGCAUAAGAACUUAGACACCCCAAAUCUCCUCCUCCCCUCCUUACGUUUCACCCCUCUGCAGACGAGGCGCUGCUGCUCAACAGCUUUGGAGGCUCUCUGUAUCGCCCUGCCUCCCUCCCCUGUUCCGAUGGCAGUCCCCUGACAUGACCCGAUUGAGGGGCAUUCCAAAAUAAAUAAUAACAUUUAUAAUACAACAUAUUUGUGAUUGAUAUGAUAUGAAAUCAGCCUUGUUCAGUUGUUCCAAAUGACCCUUGCAUAGUCUCUAGCUGUUUUUUGUUGAGCACAAUGUCCAAAUCUCUUCCUUGGAUAAUGAUGAUGAUGAUGAUGAUAAUUUAUUUAUACCCCGCCCAUCUGACUGGGUUUUCCCAGCCACUCUGGGUGGCUCCCAACAGAAUAUUAGUAAUAAAAAUAAAAAAGUGAUAAAACAUCAAACAUUAAAAUCUUCCCGAUACAGGGUUCCCUUCAGAUGUCUUUUAAAAGUUGUGUAGUUCUUUAUCUUCUGGACAUCUGAUGGGAGGGCAUUCCAGUACCGAGAAGGCCCUCUGCCUGGUUCCCUGUAACUUGGCUUCUCGUAGUGAGGGAACUGCCAGAAGGCCCUCGGAGCUGGACCUCAGUGUCCGGGCUGAAUGAUGGAGAUGGAAACGCUCCUUCAGGUAUACUGGGCUGAGGCCGUUUAGGGCUUCAAAGCUCAGCACCAACACGUGGAACUGUGCUCAGAAACGUUGAAGGAAGCCCCACUGGCAUCCACAGGGACUUGGGUUCGGAUCUCUCCAACUGGGGUUGUGGGAGCUGGUGUUUCGACUGCUGUGCUCAGCCGUAGCUCUUGCCAUGUUCCGAAGCUUUCCCCCUUCCGUCCACAGUGCUUGGGCCAUCUUGCUUGAUCGCUCUCAAACGCGGCUUCAAAUUGUGCUCCUUCCCCCCGCUUUAUUUAUCCCCGUGGAAGAGGAUGCCAUGGAGAGGCAGAAGCUGAUCGACGCAGUGCCCGACUCUGUCACGCCGCUGAUUGUUUACGAGGAAACAACAGACAUCUGGAUAAAUGUAAGAACGUUAUCCCCUUGAGCGAAGUCCUGCUAGCAGCCCCUAGACCAGGAGUGGGGAGACUUUUCAGGCCAAGGGCCACAUUCAGCCACCUGGGCGACAGUCCGGGGGCCACAUGCUAGUGGUGGGUGGAGCAAGAGGCAAUAGUGGGUGGAGCAACAGGUGUGGCUCUUGCCUUUGUGCAACAGACUUAAGUUCAGGCCACACCCACGUCAGAGGUUUUGCCUCUGCCCCACUUCAACAUGUGAUUUUCCAUCCAGGCAAGCAAAAAGCAUUGCCACAGUCCAAGGACACAUUCAAGCCAGAUACAAGCAAGGCUGAGGAGGGGUGUGGCCUAGUGAAGGGGUGGGUCCUCAGGGCCGGAUAGAGAGGCCUGAAGGGCCACAUUCAGUCCCUGGGUCUGAGGUUCUUCAGCCACGCCCUAGUGUGAUGUCAUAGUUAUAACAAUGUUAUAACUGCUUGGAGGAAAAGUGUCAGCUACAGAAUCUCGACAACUAUUGCAGCUUCUAUAUGAAAGUUUGUGGUCAGUUUGCCUGCCCUACAGGCUCCAGGGGAUGGUAGGUGCUGAUUGUGUCAUCGGUAAGAAAUGACUGGACAGGCAGGGGAAUUUUGGAAGGAAGGCACCUCAAAGGUGAUGGAGAGAGAAGGACUGAGUUGUUCACAUCAGGGUAGGCUGAUUUUGCUAGUGACCAUAUUUCCAGGUAACACUAAACUGUGGUCCAUAGCACUGCGCUGGCCAGCCUUAAUGCUUUGUGUCCAGGAGGAAGACUUUGACAGAGCUUAGUUUCAGUUUCAAAGAAUCCCAGCUUAGCUUUAAUUGCUUGUACUAGGGAUCCUUGUUUGAAACAAACAGAUAAGUUUCACAGCAAGCCCCCUCCAAAACUUAACUAAACAGAUCUUGUGUUAAGCUAAUUCUCCCCUGGUCUCCUCGCUGGCCCAAAUAGGACUAAUUUAGCCAGCUAGCCCUGGUGAUCAUCUAAUGUUUAUUGGAUGGAUUUCCCCCCUAAAUUGAUUUUUGAAUUCUGAAUUUAUUGUUAUUCAUGUUUUAUACUGUAUUUUUGGCUGUUUUUUGUUGCAUCAAUUAAGUGUUUUAAAUUUGUUGUUAGUCGUCCUGAGCCCGGUUUUUUGAACCAGGAAGGGCAGGGUAUAAAUAAAAAUUUAUUUAUUUAUUUAUUUAUUUAUUUACCAAGAUUCCUGGUUCAAACAUAAAGCAAACAAAGCUGGCGUUCCUUAAAAGUGAAAAAAGACUCUGCUGUGACUGUGCUGGAAGAGGAAAGAAAGGGGUGUGGGAGGCAAAUGCUUUGCUCUGCAUUGACUAGGCUUGUCCGCAUAAUAUUAAACCUCAGUUUACAGUUGCGUGCGAAUGGGCUCAAUCUCCAUCCUUCGGUUCAACUUCCAACCCUCCUGUGUUCCAACAGGUCCACGAUAUCUUCCACGUUUUCCCCCAAACCAAUGAGGAUGAGAUAGAGUUCAUCUUUGCCUCUGAGUGCAAAACAGGAUUCCGCCACCUGUACAGAAUCACAACCGUUUUAAAGGAGAGCCGGUACAAGCGCUCGAGUGGAGGACUCCCUGCUCCAAGUAACCAGCUUUGGCCAUUUUUGCUCCUAAGUUCAAAUGAAAUAGAAUAAUAGAGAUUUCUUUCAGGUUGGCAUCCCAGCAUUGCAGUGGCCCAUUAGGCUUGGAUUGGGGCUGUAAGCACCCUGCCCUUCCGCAAGUCAGCUUGUGCCCCACUUUAAAAUAAAAAAAUUAAGCUGCUAGUCCUUAUGAUUUUGAAGAUGAGUUUGAAGUGUUGGAAGGAAUCUCAGUAGCCCAAGAGGAAAAAUAUGGAAAGUGUGGGUGCUUUGCUUUGUCUAGACCGGUACCCAACGUUUGUGGAAUACAGUGUGCAAACGAAGCAACAAUUUGCAUUUUCUCUCUGUAAUCUAGACUGGAGAACUUGACAGCCGAAACUGGCUGGCUUGCCUUGUGCUGGGCAGGCAAGGAUCCAAACCUCAGCUUGUAAAGCCCAGAUUUCCCUUGCAGGGAGUUGGACUAGAGGAACCUUGGAGUCCCUGCCAACUUCUGUGAUUCCUUACCAGCCUUCUUGCAUGUCAAGAUCAGCAGAGGGGGCCCUCUGGGUUGUUCCGCCGCCCUCAGAAGUGUGUGGGGUGACAGCCCAGGAGAGGGUCUUGUAGCAGCCCCAUAGGAAGCCUUUGCCUUCUGUUGGACUACAGCUCCCAUCAGCCCCUGCCACCGCGCAGACAUUCCGAUAAUUUUGAUCUUGGUUUUUGCAGGUGAUUUCCUGUGUCCCAUCAAAGAAGAGGUGCCAAUUACCAGUGGGGAAUGGGAAGUUCUUGGCCGACACGGGUCCAACGUAAGACCCUUCAAUUUUAUUUUAUUUUUAAUCUGGCAAAUGCAUUUGGGAAUUUUAAGUAUGUGCUUGACCUUUCCCCAUCCCCAAAAAGCAUGAGCUUAAACAUGGGUUGGGGGGAACGCGGGGGGCGCUGUGGGUUAAACCACAGAGCCUAGGACUUGCCGAUCAGAAGGUCGGCGGUUCGAAUCCCCACGACGGGGUGAGCUCCCGUUGCUCAGUCCCUGCUCCUGCCAACCUAGCAGUUCAAAAGCACGCCAGUGCAAGUAGAUAAGUAGGUACCACUCUGGAGGGAAGGUAAACGGUGUUUCCGUGCGCUGCUCUGGUUCAUCAGAAGCGGCUUAGUCAUGCUGGCCACAUGACCCGGAAGCUGUACGCCGGCUCCCUCGGCCAGUAAAGCGAGAUGAGCGCCACAACCCCAGAGUCAGUCACGACUGGACCUAAUGGUCAGGGGUCCCUUUACCUUUACCUAAACAUGGGUUGAGCAUCAAGCUAGUCUGAUCAAGGGGGAAAACUUUAAUGCAACCUCAGUGCCCACAUAGUGAAAAACAGAACAGACAAUGCAGUCAGGGAUUUGUGUGGAAUUAUCGUUUAGGUUCAUUGUUGCCGUUGUCAUUUACUGAUCACAUUCCACAUACAUAUCUUAUGUAAAAUGUAGAAAACCUAACAGUGUAGAAAGUAUAACAAAAACAACUAAAAACAGUAUGUGAUGGGGGGUGGGUUGUUUUGUGUUUUUUGAACCGCAAGGUAAUGUGGACACCGAUGGCAGCGACCAAUUUGUCUGGUUAGGAAGGCUUGUCGGCAGAGAAAUGUCUUCAGUUGUUUCCAGAAACUGCAGAAAAUUGGUACCUGUCGUAUCUUGACUCGGCAGCUAUUACACAGAACAAGGGCAGCCACACUAAAAGCCCAGCUCCGAGUUAGCUGCACAGCAGAUCUCUCCAGUAACAAACAAGAGAGGGGCGUUCCUACCUGUGACACGCCACUUUGCAGCUUGAUUCCAUGGCUCUGUGGCCCCUACAAAGUAACUGGGCAUGAGGAAGCAGCCACAGGGGUUGUGCAACCCCACCACAGGCUCGGGAAUCUGUACACAGCCCCCGUUUUCACAUCCUGUUAGGGAUACACCCACAAAAAUCCAAACUAGAAGUGGAAAAAAAUCAUGCAGUUGAAGUUGUGUAAUGGAGGGAAAACAGGCAUUGCAGCUCUCGGAAUCCCCACUCCUCCCCAGAGCAGGGGCAUUGGUGUCCCAAAGGAUCUUUCUGGGGGUGGGAGCAAACGAGACAUCGAAAGGGAGGGAAGUCGGCUAAUUUCCCACAAAAACAGAAAACGAGAAUAGCGUUUGUGUGUUUUCCUUCAUAUCUCAGGUUCUGCAGAUGCUAGAAGCCUCUUUAAAAAAAAAAAGUUGGCAACACGGGUCUCAAUAUUCAUCCAGGGAGGGGUACACAUCUUUUGAAUGCUCCCCGCUAGUUGAAAUCGAACAUAGUUGGCAUAGUUUGUGCUGAGAUAGAACCCUUGUUCCUGAUGUGCUAGUCCUCAGUUUGCAGGGAGUUGCAGUCGGAAGUGGUAUGUGCCCUGCAGUGAGUGGUAUAGUCUGUCCUACCGCUUCAUUCUCUGGCCAGCGUCAAGAUUCACCUGAGAGCUUUAUCCUGAGCCCGGAGGCUGCAGUGGGAAGUAACUUCUUCCUUUAGGUAUACCUGGGUUUUAAAUUAGCUUUCCACAUAGGCAGAUGAAAUGAACUUAGUACUAAAUCCAACCUGGGAAUUUUUGAUGGUACAAACUUGGGUCACUUCUGUGUUUUUGUGUGUGUGUGUUUGUUUGUUUUUAUCAGAUCCAGGUGGAUGAAGCUAAAAAACUGGUAUAUUUUGAAGGUACAAAGGAUUCCCCCUUGGAACAUCACUUGUAUGUUGUUCACUACGAGAACCCCGGGGAGAUCAAGCGGCUGACAGAAGCUGGUUUCUCCUACGCCUGCUGCGUCAGUCAGGUAUUUCACCUCCUUUGCUGUGGUUUUGUUCUGUGCUGAGUUCCCACAUGAAGAUAGCAGGAAGAAACUGUGUGCUGAUGCAGAACUCUGAAUUUCAUCACUUUACUCCUGCAAUUUUAUGGGUUAAUUGGUUUUCAAACUGGUUAUUUCUGAAACCAGUUAACACAGGCAUGAGCGCUAAAUGUCUCUGAGAUUCCACAACGUUUCCGGAGAUGGCUUUUAUGUUGGGUGGAAGCUCAAAUAUAAAAUGGAAACUAACAGGGAAAUGGUAUAAAGCACCGUGUGAUGGCAGCAUAAACCUUGAGGGAAAUUGCCUGGUAGGCCCAAGUUGGUUUUCAGAGGUGGUCACUUAUUUCUCCUCCUGCCCUCUAGAACUGCGACAUGGUGAUUUGUAAAUUCAGCAACCAGAGGAACCCGCAUGAGGUGUCUCUCUACAAGCUGACCGGCCUCGAAGAUGACAUUUCCAACAGGUCCAAGGAAUUCUGGGCUACCAUUUUAGAUUCCGCAGGUAUUUCAGAUAUGGUGCCAGGCCUUUAAGAAGGUGAAAGGACAUCUGUCCCGGAGCCUUGUUUCAUCCUUGCCCUCAUGCAUCCUCUGUGACAACUCUUCCUUUAUUUGUCGGUUCGUUUCAUGUGUGAACCAAAGCUUACAAAGCAUCCUGAAGGAAUUUUGCAGUACUUCCUCAUGUGAGGAAGCCACUUGAAAACUGGUGGGACUCUUGUGAGGUGGAGAUGGGGAACCUUUUCCACCUCAAUGGCCAUAUUCCCUCAUGGGCGGCCUUCAGCAGGCCACAUGGCCCUGGUGUGCAGAGCAACAGAUGCAACUAUGGCCUCUGUAUGGUAGGCCAAGCCAGAGUCAGAGGUUUCUCCACACCCACCCACACCCCUCCACAUUCCAGGCCAGGCAAAAGCAUUUGAGGAGGGUUUUCUGGAGAGAGGAGGGUGGCCUAGGGAGGCUCCUGAGGGCUGUGAGGCUUGAAGGGCCACUUCUGGCCCAUGUGACUGGGGUUCUCCCUUUCCUGGUGUAAGGAUUGUGGUUGUGCAGUCAGAAUCUAAUUUUAUGCAGGGGUGUACAGACUUAAACCCAAACGGCCUCGGCCCAGUAUACCUGUAGGAGCGUCUCCACCCCCGUUGUUCAGCCCAGACGCUGAGGUCCAGUGCCGAGGGCCUUCUGGCUGUUCCCUCACUGCAAGAAGCAAAGCUAGCAGAGGGCCUUCGCGGUAGUGGCACCUGCCCUGUGGAACGCCCUCCCGUAAGAUGUCAAAGACAUAAACAACUAUCUGACAUUUAGAAAACAUUUGAAGGCAGCCCUGUUCUGGGAAGUUUUUAAUAUGUGACAAUUUCAUGUAUUUUUAAUCUUUGUUGGAAGCCGCCCAGAGUGACUGGGGAAACCCAGCCAGAUGGGCGGGGUACAAAUAAAUUAUUAUUAUUAUUAUUUUUAAAAAGAUAAAGGAAGCAACGGAUAGGAGUACAGUUUUGAAGCAGAGGGCAGAAACCUUCUAGGCUUUGUCAUACAGUCAUACCUUGGAUCCUGAACACCUUGCAAGUCAAACGUUUUGGCUCCCGAACACCGCAAACCUGGAAGUGACUGUUCCGGUUUGCGAACGUUCUUUGGAAGCCGAACGUCCAACAGUGCUUCCGCGGCUUCCAAUUGGCUGCAGGAGCUUCUUGCAGCCAAUCAGAAGCCAUACUUCGGUUUCCGAACGUUUUGGAAGUCGAACAGACUUCCGGAACACAUUCCGUUUGACUUCCAAGGUACGACUGUACAGCACUCAAGACUGCUUAUUUUUAUAACCGUUUCAGGUAAAGCACCUAUUGGCUAGUACUGGUGACAUCCUGGGUGCCAGUAGGGACACCCACACCCACACCCACCCAUCUGAAGCUGUUCCUAAAUACGCUUUGCUUUAAAUUUGAGGCUUGUGGUUAUUGAGAUGGGUUGGACUGAAGGGUUUGGGAACCUGUGGAUGUUCAGCGUCCAGAUACAAUGGCCAACUCCGCUCUGCCAUGCUGAACGCAAACGACAGCUGUGCUUGCAUCCUUGCAGGGCCUCUCCCAGAUUACGUCCCGCCCGAGAUCUUCUCUUUCGAGAGCUCCUCAGGGUUUUUGCUUUAUGGGAUGAUCUACAAGCCCCACAACCUACAACUCGGGAAGAAGUACCCCACAGUACUCUUCAUAUACGGGGGCCCCCAGGUCAGUUGAUAACAUUGUUCCUGGAAGCUGUGAAUAAAAAAAUGUUGUUUUUUAUCAGCCCCCAUGUGUGCAAUGUAGAAGUUUAAUCUGCGCUUCCUUCCAGGUGCAACUUGUGAACAACCGGUUUAAAGGGGUCAAAUACUUCCGCCUGAACACCCUAGCGUCCCUUGGUUAUGUUGUGGUGGUGAUUGACAACAGGGGAUCCUGCCACCGCGGUCUGAAGUUCGAAGGUGCCUUUAAAUAUAAGAUGGUAAGUUGCUCAAUAGGUACAGAAGUCCUGACUCAGGUCUGAGUGCUGCAACCUUGCGUUUUUAUUAAGAGAUGAGAUAAUCUCAUAGAAUUCUGCCUUAGAGGCCUCAUCCCUCCUUUCCCAGUUGCAUUUAGGCUCGGAAAAAGCAUUCUGUUGGAGGUCAUAGAAGGCUUUCCCCCCAAGCCUAAUUCUGAUUUUUUUGGGGGGGGGGAUAACAGCUGGGGAGUGUAAGGUUAACCCUUCCCUGUGCAUGAUGACACUUCCCCCUGCCCAUUGUCCAUGAUGCCAUUAUUUUUCCAAGCCUAAUAUUAUUUUUGGGGGGUGGGGGUUGGUUUCUUCCAACAGGGACAAAUUGAAAUAAGUGACCAAGUGGAAGGUUUGCAGUACUUGGCCUCCCGAUACGAAUUCAUCGACUUGGACCGGGUUGGCAUUCAUGGCUGGUCCUACGGGGGAUACCUCUCCCUUAUGGCCUUGUUGCAGAAGCCAGAGAUCUUCAAGGUAGGAUAAUGUGCAACAAGACAGCCGGCUGUGUGUGUGUGUGUGUGUGUGUGUGUGUGUUGUGUGUUGUGUGUUUCCAUUUCCAACUUUUGCAAGAUGUCCUGUUCAUUUGACAGUUCAAGUCUUGUUAGGAUCGAUUGUGCCCUCUGUAAAUAUAACACAUAAGAAGAUGCUUUAUGCUGAGCCAGACCCGUUGGUCCAUCUAGCUCAGUAUUGUCAACACUGACUGACAGCAGCCCUCCAGGGUUUCAUGCAGGGAAUCUUUCCCAGCCCUACCUGCAGAUGCUGCCAGGGGUUGAACCUGGGACCUUCUGCAGGUGAUCAACCCUUCUUGACCUAUGGUCCUUCCCCCAAAGAAUCCCAUUUGGAAGGGGUCAGGUUUGUAUGGGAAAAUUCACUUUCAGCCCCCAGUCAGGAGAAAACGAGUGCCUGCCUCAUAAAAUGAAAAAGUUGGUCAUCUCUGCCCAUGGUGACCGAAAGGUAUUGGUACCACUAUAUAAAGUUGCAUAAAACUUGGAACUGGAUAACUUGAAAGGUGGUCUUUUAUAUACCCAGCCCAUCGGCUCCAACAGAUACCAUCUCAUCAGCUGGUCUAUUCUGUACAAUGUCGCAAUAGGGCAUGGGUAGGCAAACUAAGGCCCGGGGGCCGUAUCCGGUCCAAUUGCCUUCUAAAUCCGGCCUGCGGACGUCUGGGAAUCUGUGUGUUUUUCCAUGAGUAGAAUGCUUUUAUUUAAAAUGCAUCUCUGGGUUAUUUGUGGGGCCUGCCUGGUGUUUUUCCAUGAGUAGAAUGUGUGCUUUUAUUUAAAAUGCUUCCUUGGGUAUUUGUGGGGCAUAGGAAUUCGUUCAUUUCCACACACACACACACCCCAAGAUAGUCUGGCCCCCCACAAGGUCUGAGGGACAGUGGACCGGCCCCCUGCUGAAAAAGUUUGCUGACCCCUACAAUAGGGCCUUCAGAGUGGUGGCACCUCCCCCCCUUUUUUAAAACAGUAAAGUCAUAUCCAGAGUUUAUUUUUUCUGAUAAAAGUCAAUUUGAUUUCCAUGUGGCCACAAAUUCACACACAGACAGCUGCCAUCAGUGGCAUCAAUUGUGGAAGGGAGACAUAAGCUAUAUGUCAAAGGAAGAAGGUCACAUUAUGGAAAAGGUUAUUUAUGUAUGCAGCAACUGCUGCCCGUGUUUCAUUAGCCCCAAAAUGGAAAACGAGCGAGGUCCCAAACAAAGAAGAAUGGCAACUUAAAUUGACAGAUAUGCACAACUCGCAGACUUAACAUGUAGAAUAAGAGAACAAGAAGAACAUAAAGUUUAGAGAAGAUUGGAAACCGUUUAUUGAAUAUAUGGAAAAUAAUUGUGUACGGCUGAAAAUGCUGGCAGCAUUAAGAUAAAUUCAGCAGUGUAAACCGAUUGGUAUAGUUUUUGUAAAAUAUGCAGGGAUAUAAGAUAUAUCAAAUGAACUAUGGAAAGAGAAGAAGGGAAGUCACUGAUAUCUUAAGGAUGUAAAAUGUCUAUUUGAAAUUGUAAAACAGAAAAAUUAAUUAAAAUUAUAUUAAAAAAGUGGGGAGUCACAUUGCACAAAAGCUACCAUUGGGGUUUUCAACUUUUUCUUUUUACUGUUAAUUUCAUUGUUUCAUUCUUUUUGCAGACUGCUUUCAUAUUCCCCCCCCCCAAACAAUCCAGUAUUAUAUAUGUACAUUUUAUGAAAUAAAUGCAUUAAUGAGAAUAACACAACACUGAUGGUUUUCUUACCCAUAGGUCGCCAUUGCUGGUGCCCCAGUCACCCUGUGGCUCUUCUACGAUACAGGCUACACCGAGCGCUACAUGGGUCACCCAGAUAAUAACGAACAGGGCUAUUACCUCGGCUCUGUGGCUAUGCAAGCGGAUAAGUUUCCUUCAGAGUAAGUGUGUUCCUGCCCCCCCUCACCCCCAACUGUGCUAAAUUCCGACCUAACGCUGCUGUUUCUUGCCUAAUUAAAUGCUUAAACGGUUGCGUGGUAGUAAAGAACCACUUAAUAAACUUGAAUGGGCAUUUACAUAAUCACGGCCCAUUACGAGUAAUCUGCUUUUCUAGCCUUGUUGUCAUUAAAGUAUUAACUUUUGCCUCAAGAAAUUGCAGGCGGACCUCCCCCCUGCCUCAAAUUACGCAAUUAGCCCCAGUGCUAAUUAAGUGCAUUAAUUAGACAUACCACCCUAGUGGCUGGCUGUAGAUCAGCCACAGUUGUUGUUAACAGGGCUUGAGAGGGAAGAUUGUGUCUUCUAUCCUAGAGUGGCCCUGUCAGCUCCUCCAUACAGACACAUACACCGUCUGCUUCUUCUGACUUAGGCUGGUAUUCUGCCAUCCGUUCCCACCUUUUCUUAUUGGCCUGGGCUUUAAAUUCUGUGUUUAAAUCUUCCGGGACGGUGAAUGGAGAAAUGGGAGGCUGGAGGAAGUGUAUUGUUUUGGAGCCUUGGGAUCAGCGAUGUGAGUUUUCCAGAAAACUUAGAACACAUUUCUGCUGUCCUAAAUCAAUGAGAGAUCUGAUUUCACACAGUUGUUCUGAUUUGAUUUGCUUCACAGAGGUUCACCCCAUAAAUAAUUCUUGGCAUUUGCGCCAAAAAGUGGUAUGUAAAUAAACUAGAACAGGCAUAUUCUGUAGAUAUGAGAACCGUUAGCCCAAUAUCCGAAAGUAGUUAAAUCGUUUUAUUACAAGGGGAAAAUCAGUUUAAGUGCAUUUCAGCUGUGAUCCUCUGUGCUGGGGGUGGCUGGCCUGUGGUCCUAUAGUUGUUGCGGUUCCCCAGCAUCCCUGACCAUUGGUCAUGCUGGCUGCAGGAGCCAUUGGGAGCUGGGGUGCAGCAACUGGAAGGCCACAAGUUCCCCAUUCCUCCUAUAUGUGUUUCCUUGUGAGUAAGUUCCAUUGAACUUAUUAGGACUUAUAAGCAGCCAUCGAUAGGAUUGUGAUAUUCGCAUGGUUUAGAUGACCUAGCUAAUUCAAAACUUUGUCUGAAAAUUAUUUUGUUGGAAUUCUAAACAUGGAUGAAGUGAUUAUAUAUAGUGGACAGACUAAGAAUGGGAAGUUCUUUAAUCUCUGAAUUGCAUGUUGUCUAUUUCCUCUUGAAAGUUCUUUGCUAUCUCUUCUUCUUAUCUCUCUCUUUUUUGUCAUGUUUUUAUUUUACUUAGAAUAAUGUUGGGCAAAAAGGAUAUUUGAGAUUGUUUUGUAUUUCUCUUUAUAAACUCUAAAAAAAAUAAUACUUUUUUUUUAAAAAAGGAAUCCCAAACAUGUCAGCUUAAAGCUUCCCUUCCAUUAUUUAGAUUUUAACUGGAGGGCUGAACGAAAAAACACUGGAAAAAGUUAACAUAACCCAUUUAGCAGGCCUAAAGAUCUUUCUGUGUCACUUCAUAGGGAUAGUCAGCUGAAAAAACAAUUGCCACUCUGAUUUUCAGAUCCAGGUUUCAGUUGCCAAAGUAUGACUUGUGUUUGUGCAUUUUGUUACUACCGGUAAUUGGUUUUAUGAAUCUCUAUUUCUGAAUAAUUAAAAUGGGCUGUGGGAAUAAUAAAGCAGUGGGGAAAAUUCCAACCCUGGGGGUCUGUUAUUUCACGCUCCCCUACCGGUAUUAGCUACAUAGGUAUCUUCAGACGAUACCAGGAUUCGAAGAAAUUCUAAUUCAAAUGAUCUGAAGCUUUGCUUACUGUUUCUCCCCUCAUCCUUUCAGACCCAACCGGUUGUUACUGUUGCAUGGAUUCCUUGAUGAAAAUGUUCAUUUUGCACAUACCAGCAUUUUGCUUAGUUUUCUGGUCCGGGCUGCGAAGCCUUACGAUCUACAGGUAAGAUGCUCUAGGGCAGCCUUCACCAACCUGGUGCCCUCCCACCUAUUUUGGACUACAACUCCCAUCAGCCCCAGCCAGAUAUGCCUUUUGGUCACAUACACAUCUCCUUUGCUCUUCCCUUCACAGUAUAGCAAACAAACCAAGGAGUCUUCCAUUAACUAUAGUUUACCGUUUUGUCCCAACUGAGAAACCGUGGUUAGUACCUUCGGAACAAGCUAGGCUUCAUAUCCUGGCCUUCUCUGAACCUCCUAACCAUGGGUAGGCAAACUAAGGCCCACGGGCCGGAUCAGGCCCAAUUGCCUUCUGGAUCCGGCCUGCGGACGGUCUGGGAAUUGCGUGGAUCGCCAGCACGCACGUUCUUUCCCUCUUCCUCCCAUGGCGGCGGCUCCUCCCUCCCUCCCUCCCUCCCUCCCUCCUCCUGGCUUCUCCCCACCCUGCCUAGAGGAGGAAGGGGGCUGGGCUUUGUUGGUGCCAGCAGCAGCAGCGCUCGAGCGGCUGCCAUUUUAAGCAGCCCCUCUCCAGAGCCCUUUCACCCUUUAUUUAUACAUAUAUAUUUAUUUUUAUUGGCAUUGUAAGAGAAUAGAGGGUCCAGAGCUUGGUUGGUUGUGUUUGGUUGGUUGCAGUAUGUUUUGUUUGCAGGAGGGUGGUGGGUUGAGUGGGUCGGACACUCUUGUAGGGGGAUUUAGAAGACAUCUGAAGGCAGCCCUGUUUAGGCAAGCUUUUUUUGUUAGAUGUAUUUUAAUAUUUUGUUGGAAGCCACCCAGAGUGGCUGGGGAAACCCAGCCAGAUGGACAGGGUAUAAAUAAUAAAUUAUUAUUAUUAUUAGCCGUUGACAUGUUGUGCUGUAUAUGUGAUAAGGGGGGCAUUUAGAGAAGCAUUUGUAAACCCCUUAACCAGGCUUCCUCAAACUCGGCCCUCCAGAUGUUUUGAGACCACAAUUCCCAUCAUCCCUGACCACUGGUCCUGCUAGCUAGGGAUCAUGGGAGUUGUAGGCCAAAAACAUUCAGGAAGAUACCUAGCAACGCACGACACAAAAGCGAUAAUAUCACGGCAACAAUAAUGCAGUGAUAGAACUUAAAACCUGUAAAGCAGUAGUAUAAAAGCAUAUUAAAAAUAAGAAUUCAGACAGCGAAGGCAGGGCCAAAGAAAGCCUGGGCAGAAAGAUAAAGGCCUUACAAGACGUCUGAAGCAGCAGAUUAUGUGAAUACCUCAAGAAAGAAGGAAAAUUGACUCCUUUCCCCCCUUUCUUUAGAUCUAUCCACAAGAGAGGCACAGCAUCAGGGUCCCUGAGUCUGGAGAACACUAUGAACUGCACCUCCUGUAUUAUCUCCAGGAGAAUCUGGGCUCACACAUGGCCGUGCUGAAGGGAGAGCACUGAUGACACCUCCCCCUCCCGCCCACCCUUCCAGGAACUCUCAGCACAGACAAAUACAGCUGCUUAACCAAACGCCUCGGAAAGGGGCGUCAUGUUGUUGGUGCCUGCUUCCCACACAGAUCAGUCGACACGUCCUCGGCCUUGCUUCGUUUUAUUUCUCCUUAUUUUUUUAAAAAAGUCAACCCGGUGCCAUACAAGGAGACGACGCUGUACAGCAAGUGAAUACUUUUAAAUGUAAAUAAAAAAAGUCAACAUCUGUGCU